GUUAAUAUUUYUUUUUACAGAGGAAGCGAGAUGCAGUCAAUGCUGUCAAACAAGACGCGCAGAAGGUCCUUGGAGAAGGAAGUGAUCUUCUAGAUGAUGCAAACCAGCUGUCUGACAACAUCAACAAGGACCUGGAGGAGUUGGAGGAGAUGGACAGAGAGCUCGAUCCGCUUCGUGCUCAGCUGGAUGACGAAGUUCAGGGCCUYUCUGACGGCUUGAGCGAUGGCCGCCUGGCUGAACACGUCCGCGAAGCAGAGGAACACGCCAAACAGCUAAAUGAAUCGGCAGCCAUUUUGGAUGGUAUUUUGGCCGAAGCUAAAAACCUGUCCUUCAAUGCAACUGCUGCUGUCCAUGCUUACAGUAACAUUAAAGCCAAUGUUGAUGCUGCAGAAAAAGAGGCUCAAGCAGCCAAACAGACGGCAAAUGAGGCUCUGGCACUG